CAUCUACGGACACUGCCAGGACUCACUAUGAUGGCCAUACUCACAGGGCUGUUGUACCUGGGUCUUAUUGUGAAACCCAGGACUGAAGUACAAGCAGAACACCUCCCAAAGCCAAUUAUCUGGGCUGAGCCACGCUCUGUGAUUGCCUUACAUACACCUGUGAUUAUCUGGUGUCAGGGUUCCUAUGAGGCCCAGGAGUAUCGUCUGUAUAAAUGGAGAAGUGUAGAUCCUUGGGACACUCAAUUGCUUCUGGAAACCAGGAAUAAGGCCAAGUUCAACAUUCAAUACAUGACAAUCGGCUAUGCAGGUAUCUAUAAGUGUUAUUAUAAGAGUGAUGCUGGAUUUUCAGAGCACAGUGAUGCCAUGGAGUUAGUUGUGACAGGAGCAUAUGGAAAUCCAAGCCUGUCAGUCUGGCCCAGCCCUGAUGUGACCUCUGGAGUUUUCAUAGCCUUUACGUGUAGCUCACACAUAGGAUUUGGCAGAUACAUUCUGAUCCAGGAAGGAAAACACCACCUGUUUUGGAUCCUGGACUCACAGUAUCAGGAUAAUCAUUCAUUCCAGGCUACGUUUGUUGUGGACACUGUUACUCCCAAACACAAUGGAACAUUCAGAUGUUACGGCUUUUUUAAGAAUAAACCUCAGGUGUGGUCAAACUCAAGUAACCCCCUUGACCUCAUGGUCUCAGAUGCCAAAGAGAAGUCCCCUACCCACACUGAAGAUGAAACCCCACCCUCAAACCACCAAGGUCACACAGUUGAAAAUCUCAUCAGAAUGCUUUUAGCUGCAUUGGUUCUUGUGACUAUAGUGAUGCUGCUUUUAGAGGCUUGGACCUUCAAGAAAGUGGAACAAGAUUCAACCAGGAGAUAAACAAGAAAGACUACUAGGCUCCACACCUGAACAGACCACUGAAACGUGUUGAGUGAUCCUAUACAUGUGUCUAAAACCUGGGUAUUCCUUAAGGUUUUAUACUCAGAGAAGGUCAAUGUAAUAAGCAUAUUCUGAGUGUGGGGAAUUCUGGGGAUUACAUUCAGGAGUAUUUGUCUUGUUCCUCUCUGCUCCUCUCCCCACACUUCACUGAGAAUAUGUGCUCACUUCUUUUUUGAAGACCAGGUGUUAUGUGUGCUCUGAAACUUUCUGUCACCUUCAAAUACCAUUUCCUCUAAAUUUCCUGAGUCAAUAUUGUUCAUUAUGAGCCUUUACCUUUAUUACUGAGAAAGAGAACAUAGUUGAAACAGAACACAUAUUGGGAAAAUCCAGAUUGCAGAUUGAACAAGUUUUUUGAAGAUGAUGCCCUUGAAAUUACUGAAAUUUUCUUUAACUUCAAUGUGCAUUACUAGAUCUAUCUGAUGAGUGCUUUUCAAAAUAACAUAUUUGCCUACAAAUCAAUGACUGUAUUUAGAACUAAAGAGCUUGCAUACAAUUGCUUUGAUUUUUAAUGUUACCACAACUUUGAAAUAUAGAAUUUUAUAAUCUUUGUAUUUAAAAAAAAAAACUUGUACAUGACAACAAGACAUACUGACAACAACCAUACCCACAGUUAGUACAUUUCCUCAAACUUCUGAGAUGUUAGGACAAUUAUUCUGAAGCUGUGCACUUUUCACAUCAUUUUGCACUAGCACUCAUGAAACACCAUUUUAUUAAACAAGGUGUCCACUCCAUAUUUGCUAAUCAUUAUGUGCAUUACUUCAAAUGAUCUCAUAAUUCCAAGUUAAAGUCAUAUGUGGGUGGUUCUAUGUUAUGGACAGUCCCAGCCAGAACUAAAUCCAAGUGAGCAUUCUGGAUAUCAGGAGAGGAAACAGGUCCAGUGGGUAACAAACAGAACAACCACACACAGAAGCAGCUGGAAUCUGAUUUUUUUUUUGGUAUCUCCUAGUCCAGUCCAGUUAACAUCUCAAAAUAGGCAUCACAUUCAUCUGUUAAAGCUUCAGUUUUCUCAGGCAGUACAGGGUGUUUACCCAUAGUCCAUCCAUAAUCCGGUUGGACAAUUGGCACAUGCAUUGAAACUGCUUCAUCUUGGCCCUGUUGUUGUGCUAGCCUGGGACCUGGUGAAGGGCAGCUCCCUGUCCUAGCUUCCCAGUGUUGAUUGUGGCAUUGCAGAGCUUUGGAAGCUGCCUGACUCAUGCUGUCUUCCAAGAGCACCUCUACCUAGUAGGCCCACUGCAUUCUUCACUGUGCCAUGCCAGGGGCCACCACAAGCCACUGGCAAUCAGCUCUGGAAGCCGCCUCUGGCCCCCAGCUCAGUGAACUAACCAGCUCCAGCCCUUAGGCCCAGCCUGGUGAACUAACUAGCUACCCAGUGUCUCUCUGAGUAAAAAGUAUCUACAGUCUCCUGAAUCACACCUGGAUAAGCUAAAAAAUGUUUUGUCCAAAGACUCGCUGGGUGGGGUCUGCAAAGUUCCUCAUAGGCUUCCAUUGCUAUCCAGGUAAGCCUGGGUAGAGAUAGCCUGUCUGCAUAACAAGCAAGGUCAAGAGUUAAAGGCAGAACAGGAUUAACUGGUCUGCUGUCUAUGUCCCUGAGAUAUCCAAUUCAGUUGCAAAACAGAAAGCCUGGCCUCUGGGGUGGGGAAAGUAGAUUCAAGCUAUGUACCAAUUCAAAUGUAAAUUCUUUCUACCCUGUCCAACACCCACUUGCAAGGCAAGGACUUUCUAUAAGGUUCUUCAUAUGUAAAUAUCCUUAGUCUGGGCUCAGUGUUUCAAAUCUGUCUGCCCUGCAAGGAUGACUAAAAACCAAAAGGAAUCUGCGACUUUAGAGUUCCUGGAGAAUUCUACAGCCUGGUAAAAAAUGCUAUUUCUACCAUAUUUGGAGUCAUACUACAACAUAUCAUAUAUCCAAAAUGUAAUUACAUAAAUGAUUGGAACAAAGUGUUGUAGAACAUUUUUGGUUGCAAGAUGGAUUCUUUUACAUUUUAAUAUGCUCGGUAUUACUUAGUUCUGGACACUAGGAAGGAGAGUUUCAGAAGUAUAGUAAAUUGUCAACUGAGAUUUUUAGCUUCUGUACUUACAGGGUGUUCCACAAAUUUUCCAGGAGAGAUUUCUCACCUCUGUCUGUAAAAAUUUAUUUUACAGAUAUCACUGGGUCACUCUGGCAGUUCUGAAGUGAUACAUACUUGUAAUUUGAAAUCUCCCUCUUCACUGUUGUUUACUCCAAAAGUAUUUUUUUAAUGCCCUCUUAGUAUACCUGGAUAUAAUCAUUAAUUCUGAAUAUUAACUUUCCCCCUAAUUAGGGAAGCAAGGCUUUUUUUUAAAGACAAUUUAUUAAUUCCUUGAAAAUCUCAUGCAAUAUAUUUUGAGCAUAUUUCUAUCCUCUCCAUGGCUUCUCUCCAAUAGUCCCUUAUAUGCAUACAUUUUAAGAACUUCUGGGAAGAUAAAAUAAUUUGUGUAAAAUUAAACCUUUAUUCCUUGUUAGCAGAUGUUGAGUGACAUAUCUCUUUGACAACUUAUUUAUUUUAACAAAAAAUAUGCAAAAAUUAUUUAUUGUACUUGUCUGAGAAGGAGCACAGCGUAUCUUCCUCAUUUCCACAGGGCAUUUCUGACUUAAUCUAUUAAUAUAAUGUUACUUGCAACUUCUUCAAGUGUGAUCUCAUUAAAAAGAUGUUGUUCUAUAUCCCUAUGUUCCUGUGGGAAUUUAUGAGUAUUGGCCAUGCGACAAUAAAAGUAGUGCUUCUACCUUGAUUUUCAUAUUUAUUGUUCUUUAAAUUCAUGUUGUUCCCAUGAAUGGCAUUGCUGUAUUCUUACAGAGUUAAUAUUUGUUAACAGUUAUGUGGUAUACUCCUAUUUAUACAACACUGGAUACUCUCAAAUUAUUCAUUAUGUAUUAUUAAGUUCUAAUUUGAGAUAUGACCAAAAGCACUCUUUGUCAAUGUUUUCAUUCCUAACAUGUGAUUGGGUCAACAAAGCAGCAGGGCAGAGUUUCAAGAGGGAAAUUAUCAAACCAACAUUA